AAACAGAUGCCAUUCGAUGAACGCUCAUUUGAUAACCCUUUCUUGAAAGAGAAACCGAUUAGUUUUUCCUCCAAAGCAGAAGUUAUUCCUCCGAACUUCGCUAAAAAAGUGGAAGAUUUCUUGUUCGAUAAAGUUCAAAUCAUCCUUGAACAGUUGCGAGAUGGAAAUAUUUCGUCCAAAGAUGUUUCAGUUUACACAGGAUUGUCUGGCAUUGCGUUGAUGCUUAUGAAGUUACAAAACAGUGGCAUUCUCAAAAACCGAUUAAGCGAAAAUCUACAUGACGUAGCAUUCAAAAUUACAAAACACAAUGAUUCGAGAAAAUCAUCUGCAUGUACAUUUUUGUGUGGCGAUCCAGGCUCAAUGUUUGUUAAAGUUUUAGCUGCCGAUGAGGUCAAAAAAGGUCAAAGAGGUGACCUUAAAAGAGUAAUAGAUGCGGGAGAAGUGUUAACUCGUCAAGGAGGAAAGAUAUAUGAUGAAUAUCUGUAUGGAAGAGCUGGGUAUUUGGGCUGUCUGGUGUUUAUGGGGAAACAUUUUCCAGAUUUCAAAGACGAAGCUUUAAUGGAUCAAAUUUGCAAAGUGAUGAUUGAAAGCGGAAUUAGUGGUGCAAAACAUAACCGAUUGAAACAGCCUAUGUAUUACGAAUGGCACGAGAGUGAAUACGUAGGAGGUGCUCAUGGCUACGCAGGAAUAUUCUACUAUCUGCUCAAAUUGAAACACCUUCCAUCAGUACAACAGGUACUGCAGAAAGAGCUUAGAGAUGCACUGUACUGGUUUGUGAGUCUGCAGACGAGCAGUGGCAACUAUCCUUCCUCCAUUGGCAGCCAGAGUGACAAACUGGUCCACUGGUGUCACGGAGCACCCAGUGCUGUCUUCACACUCAUAGAAGCAUACAAGGUGUACGGGGAUGAGAAAUUCAAAGAAGCGGCAAUCAACUGUGGCGAGUGUGGGUGGAAGAGGGGCUUCCUCAAGAAGGGCUUCGGAAUAUGUCACGGAACUGCAGGCAACGCAUACACGUUCAUCGCACUCUACCAAUUGACGCGGGAUCUGAGUCACCUCCACAGAGCAGUCUGUUUCGCUCAGUUGUGUGUGGAUAUGGACAGAGUGGAACACAGAACAGCAGACAGACCCUACUCUCUCUUUGAAGGUCUGGCUGGCACUAUGUACUUCUUGAUUGACAUGAUGGAUGUAGAGAACGCCACAUUCCCGUGUUACCAAUUCCAUUAACUGUCUCCAUGUUUGAUGAAAAGAACAAUGGCUGUUACGAAUCCAAGAAGAGGGUGGCAAACCGACUAUGAUGAUGAUUGGCAACUGAGGUUUCAUGGACAGAAGUUGUUUCAAUUCGCUCAGAGGAUAUAUUUGCAAAUAGUUAAUGGCAGUACCUAUUAUUUCCGAAUCUUUCGAGGUUCUGCUAAUGAGUUCAGAUGUACGUACUGAAAUUCUCAAAAUGACCAUGCUGGCAUUAUAAAUGAUAUUUGUAAAUAGUAGCCGUUACAAAGAAUGAAAUUGACCUGGCAGUCACAGAAAAUAGUCCCACAGUUAACAUUGUCUGUUAGCCAUAGGCUCACAAAAACUUUUGUUAUAGCUCUGCUGGCUUAUUCAUCUUUUUAUUAAAUUUUCUUUGUGAUUACCCGGGUUGACAAAAAAAUUCUAAUCAUACAAUUCUACACAAAAAACGAGAAUUUUAAAGCAUUUAACAUAGAGGCUAAGCGGAGUUCCGCAUCACUUGCGAUACAACGAAAGCGUAGCCUUGCAAGCUGCCUU